AUGUCCCCAUUGAACUUCUUCAAGGUCACCGGCGUAGCUGUCUACGUGCUUCGGAUCCAGUAUCGCAUGGCUGACGACCUCUUUGGGCUGUGCCACAGAUACAUGUACAGCGACGUCGACUGCAUGUACAGCGACGUCGACUGCAUGUACAGCGACGUCGACUGCAUGUACCACGAGGCGUGCGACCCCAAUCUACCCAAGCAUCAGAUCGGGAGGACGCUGGAGGUCUUCGCCCUGUCCAAGCUGCCUGGCCUGAAGAAGUACGAUGAUGACAAGCUGCGGUCGAUCUUCGUCCAUUGCCCCGGUUCCAGAUCCAUCAAGGCCAGGGGUAGGCGUUCGACGCUCAACCCUGACCAGAACCGCGCCGCCCUCAAGUUCCUGGUCAAGUUCGUCCGUGAGAAUAAGAUUGAUCCAAGCCGGAUCAAGCUCAUCACACCAUACCGAGCCAACAGGGACGAACUUGAGCGCCCGCGGAGGAAGGAUGCCGAGCUUGUCCAUAUCGCCGGCAUGGAACCUGUGGCCACCGUUGACUCCUUCCAGGGCCGUGAGGGCGAUGUUGUCUUUGUCGUGAUGAAGAGCGGCCUCGUCAUCAUCGGCGACAUCAACAUCAUGGGCAAGGUGUUCGGCGACGGCAAGGGGAAGGCCAAGGGGAAGGCCAAGACCAAGCACGACUCUGCACGUGUCGCCGUCGUAGUUAAAGGGGGCGGAGGUAAAGUCAGUUUUCUGCGGUCGGCAUUCCUAAUCAGUGUUUGCCAAGAACUGGUGAAUUCCGGCAGGGUGGUUGAGGCACCUGCCGAGCAGCAGUGCAAGUAG